CUUGUGUGCAUGUGGCCAGCACGCUCUGAUGCCAGGAUCUUUUGACGUCACGGGCCCAGAAUGUGUGCUUUCUUUAGAUUGGUCUGAGAAUCUUUUCUAUGGUACACUGCGAUUAGACCGAGAGCGAUAAAGAAAUGAGCCAUGGAAGACGUGGACUCGAUGCUGCCACCUUCAGACUGCCAGAACUUGACGCUCUUCCAGGUGGGCUUCACGUCAUUGACUGGAAUGACGUCAACAAUGACGACAGAGCAGGCAGCAGAUGGCUCCAUCAGGCCGGCCCAAGUAGGGCUCAUCAUCGUCCUGUCCGUGGUCUUUGUGCCGGUGUGGACAGCGGCGCUGGUGGGCAACACGCUGGUCCUUCUCGUCAUACGCCGCAGCCGGCGCGUGCAGUCCACCACCAACUAUUUCGUCACCAGCAUCGCUCUCAGUGACGUCAUGUUUGUCACCCUGGCCGCGCCGUGUGUCUGGGUGCAGCUCAUCUUGCAGGAGUGGAGCAUGGGUCACGUGGUGUGUCGCCUGGUCCGCUUCGUCCAGUUCUCUGCCACGUGUAGCACGGCGUGGGUCCUGGUGGCCGUCUGCAUAGACCGCUUCUACACCGUCCUUCACCCCCUCAGCUUCAAGGUGACGCGAGGCACCGCUCACAGAAUGAUCCAGGCGGCCUGGCUCCUUGCUCUGCUCACCUCGUGUCUGGCGCUCUACUUCUUCGACCUUGAAUCUGCCGGCGUCACGUCCCCUCGAGUCGUCUGCCCAGCCUAUGUUCCAGGCCGUCGCUGGUUUGGCCUGCUGUACGCCGGCGUGUGUCUCGCCAGCCAUUACGCCAUCCCACUGGCCGUUCUCUGUGUCGGCUAUGGUCGAAUAUUCUGGCACAUCAGAUCACUGCGUGGCCCCGGACGCCCCAACAUCCCUGUCCCUCGGGCAAAGGUCAAGAUGGUCAGACGGAUGUGGACACUGAGUGGCGCCACCCUUCUCUUGCAGCUGCCCUACUACGCAGCCCACGCAGCCUACUCCAGCAGCCCCACCCACGUCAUCAGCCCUGAGGUUUUUCUCGCCGCCUUCUGGUCCAUUCUUCUCUCCUCCGCCCUCAAGCCCGCCAUGUACGCUUGUCAGAACAGCAACUUCCUGCGAGGCUGUAAGGAAGUGCUGUGUAUGUCGAGCAUGCGCUGUCACCGCCUCAACGUCUACGCCGUGACCAGCGCCUCAACGCUGUCUAGGAGAAAUUACGUGGGGGUCAUAGACCAGGGCCUCAACGCUUUCUAGAAGAAAUUACAUGGGGGUCAUA